CUCUGUAGCUUUCUUCCUCCUGCUCUUCCUCCAGGCGGCUGAAGAGGACCUCCUAGGACCGCGGCGGCGCCCACGGGACAGGAUGGGGAGCAGCGCGCAUCACCGCUGGCCGCCGCAGAGCCCGCGUGGUCCUCACGAACUUUAUUUCAAGAACCUUUCUAAACAGAAACAAAAGCAAGUAAUGGAGAAAAAUGGGAACAACCGAAAACUCCGCGUUUGUGUUGCUACUUGCAACCGAGCUGAUUAUUCCAAAUUGGCUCCGAUCAUGUUUGGUAUUAAAGCAGAACCACAGUUCUUUGAGCUUGAUGUUGUGGUUCUGGGAUCCCACCUGAUUGAUGAUUAUGGUAACACAUACCGUAUGAUUGAGCAAGACGACUUUGACAUUCAUACUAGAUUACACACGAUAGUGAGAGGAGAAGAUGAGGCAGCCAUGGUAGAGUCAGUAGGCCUUGCGUUGGUCAAGCUGCCAGAUGUCCUAAAUCGCCUGAAGCCGGACAUAAUGAUAGUCCAUGGGGACAGGUUUGAUGCUCUAGCACUGGCUACAUCUGCGGCCUUAAUGAACAUUCGAAUUCUUCACAUUGAAGGAGGCGAAGUUAGUGGGACCAUAGAUGACUCCAUCAGGCAUGCCAUAACCAAGCUGGCUCAUUACCAUGUCUGUUGUACAAGAAGCGCAGAGCAGCAUUUAAUAUCUAUGUGUGAAGACCAUGACCGCAUUCUCCUGGCAGGCUGUCCUUCAUAUGAUAAGUUAUUAUCUGCCAAAAAUAAGGACUACAUGAGUGUUAUCCGUAUGUGGUUAGGUGAGGAUGUAAAGCCCAAGGAUUAUAUAGUUGCAUUACAGCACCCGGUGACUACAGAUAUUAAACAUUCCAUAAAGAUGUUUGAAUUGACUUUGGAUGCCCUCAUCUCUUUUAACAAGAGGACAUUGGUUUUAUUCCCAAAUAUUGAUGCAGGUAGCAAAGAAAUGGUUCGGGUGAUGAGGAAGAAAGGCGUCGAACACCACCCUAAUUUCCGAGCAGUAAAGCACGUUCCAUUUGACCAGUUCAUCCAGUUAGUGGCUCAUGCGGGUUGUAUGAUUGGGAACAGCAGCUGUGGUGUGCGAGAAGUGGGGGCAUUUGGUACUCCUGUCAUCAAUCUUGGAACACGCCAGAUAGGAAGAGAAACAGGCACAGAUCCUGCCUGGCAGCCUAAGCAGGACUUCCUCAGACUUUUCAUCCUCUUCAGGUUCAACACAGCUAUCAGCUUCUCAAUCACUUUAGUUCUCCCAGCGGCCAAAAAGGAUUGCAGUGGGAGUACAUACAGACAAGGAGGAGUAUUUUUCUUCCUACCAGUGAGUUGCUGAUAAUAAAAGCAUAAAAUAUCAGGAACGGCUGAGAGGGGCUGAAGGCGUGCACAUUAAGAUGUAAAGUGUUAUCUUGUCUCAUUA